CUUUCUUUCUCUCUCUCUCUAGGUUUUUUUUUCUCAUUUUUAUCAUCACAUUUGACUCUGUUUUUUUUGUGUCUCGGUCUCACUCUCUCACUCUCUCUCAUCAUCAUCAUCAUCAUCAUCAGCAUCUUCUUCUUCCUCAUAAUCGUCUUUGUUAAUAAAUAAAUAACAAUCAUAAUUUAGUUAUAAAUAUGAUCAAGAGAAAAGUCGGAGGCAGAGGUCCCAUCUCAAAUGGACCAAUGCAUACCAGACCACUGGUUGCCCUCUUGGAUGGACGGGACUGCUCAGUUGAGAUGCCAAUAUUGAAAGAUGUAGCAACCGUUGCCUUUUGUGAUGCCCAAUCAACCCAAGAGAUUCAUGAGAAAGUGUUGAAUGAAGCUGUUGGAGCCCUUAUGUGGCAUACAAUUACACUAACUAAAGACGAUCUCGAUAAAUUUAAGGCUCUCCGUAUUAUUGUUAGGAUCGGUUCAGGAGUUGAUAAUGUUGAUAUUAAAGCGGCCGGAGAAUUAGGUAUUGCUGUUUGCAAUGUUCCUGGUUAUGGUGUGGAAGAAGUAGCAGAUGCAACCCUUUGUUUAAUACUGAACUUGUAUAGAAGGACAUAUUGGUUAGCAAACGCGGUUCGAGAGGGUAAAAAAUUUCAAGGACCCGAACAAAUUCGUGAAGCCGCAGCAGGCUGCGCUCGGAUCCGCGGUGAUACUUUAGGAAUUGUUGGAUUAGGUCGAAUCGGUACUGCUGUUGCCCUCAGAGCUAAAGCGUUCGGAUUUAAUGUUAUAUUUUAUGAUCCUUAUUUGCCGGAUGGUAUUGAAAAAUCUUUGGGACUUACUCGAGUCUACACUUUGCAAGACUUGCUUUAUCAAAGCGAUUGUGUUUCUCUUCAUUGCACUCUAAAUGAACACAAUCACCAUCUAAUUAACGAAUUUACCAUUAAACAGAUGCGGCCUGGUGCCUUCCUGGUCAACACAGCACGUGGUGGCUUAGUUGAUGAGAACGCAUUGGCUGCCGCUUUAAAAGAUGGAAGAAUUAGAGCUGCCGGUCUUGAUGUUCAGGAGAAUGAACCUUACAGUCCAAUGAGCGGACCACUCAAGGACGCACCAAACUUGAUAAUUACACCCCAUGCAGCGUGGUACAGUGAGGCAAGUUGCACUGAGCUUCGUGAAAUGGCUGCAGCUGAGAUUAGACGAGCUAUAGUUGCACGUAUACCAGAUUCUCUACGUAAUUGUGUUAACAAAGAGUAUUUCGUCUCGAGUGCUUACGGAGAAACUUUAAACGGGUCCGCAGGAUACAAUUUUCAUUCAAUGGCUCCCCACUCAACCACACUUGACUCCAUGCCUAGCGGAGCUCCCGGAGCAGCAGCAGCAGCUCAUGCAACCCCUCAUUCAACCCUUCAAGAAGCCGUUCAACUAACUCCCAAGCCAGAGAGCUCGGAACUUCAUUGAAAGUUAUCAUCCAUAUUUGAGAAAAUAAUCACUCAGAAAACCACCAACAAACAAUUUAAUACAAACUUCAAUACAACCACCAAACAAACAAACAAACAAAUAAAAUCAUAAAGCAAGUUGCAGUUUGGCUCGUAUAAAAUUGAGAUACAACAUCACCUCAACCCCUCUCUCCACAAGAAGAUAAGAAAUACCCACACAUCACCUCUACAUAAAAUACACUUAAAACUUGAUAAAAAAAUUCAACCAACUGAACCCUUCUCUUCUCAACGAAAAGCAAACUUGUAAAAUCAAGGAAAGGUGUGAUUGUAUCGAUACAUGGUACCAUAACUUCCUCCAUUCUCUUAACUGUUCAUCUACGGACGACUGUAGGAAAAGUUCAAUUUAUCAGAAUCGAUCCUCUUUUAUCACUUUGUACUAUCUCUCAUCCCUUUGCCCAAACUCUUUAACUCUCUCUCUCUCUCUCUAUCUCUAUCUCUAGCUCCCUUCUUUUCCCAUCUUUCUUUCUCUUCUUUUCUCUUCAUGUCAUUAUAAUUAAUUUGAUUAAAAAACGGUAUGGUGAACGAUUUAUACUGGAGACAGACUUGAAUAUCUUAGGAUAGUUUUAAUAUCAUAAUGUUUCUUGUAAAGAGGAGUUUAGCUAUUGUUAACCAGCAAAACAAAUGUCCCAAUAGUUAGUAACUUUUGUUUCGUUACCUUUUCUCAUCCCAAUUAACACCAAUUAAUCAGCAUUCACAAAAAAAAACACAAAAGCAAAUUAAUUUUGAAGAUAUGGUUACAUGAUUCCACUAAUAUCUCACCUGACCAAAAUCAUCAUCAUCUUAUCAUCUCAUCAUCCAACAAACAACCAACAUCUCAACACCAACAACAAAUCAAUCCAACCAACAAACAACAAAUCAAUUGUUAUUAAAAUUAACCAGAGCACUUCAUAGAUUUCACUCGAUUGAAGUAAAAUCAACCAAUAAUUUAUGGUAACAAUUAACAAUCAUCUUUCUUUGCAGUUAUCUAUGAUUAAAAGCAAAGGCUAUUUUAUCAAUGGAAA